CUUUAUUGGUAGCCAAGCCCACAGAUAAUCCCCCUCUCUGCAUUCCAAAAUCUUCUCAAACAAUUGGGAAGUGUUUGUUUGGGCCUUUGUGCUUAGCAGGUGGUUGGUUAUCUGAUGGUCUGAUAGACUGUUUAGUUUCGUGGAUGUUAUUAAAAAUUUUCAUUUAUACAUUUAUCUUCAUUCUGCAGAUCUAUUUGUGUCCCUCCAUUAAUUGGUUAUCCAAUGGUCCCAUAGACUAAUUGACUUAGUGGGCAUUAUUAAAAACUUGCAUUCUUUUAUUCCAUUCAUUUAGUUGUGUCACUCUAGAGUUUUAGCUAUUAAUACCAUGAUCAUUAGUACAGUCCUCUAAAUCCCAUAGUUUUAGCUAUGAAUACCUUGACCAUUAGUACAGUAAUCUAAAUCCCAUAGAUUACAAACCUCUAGAGUUUUAGCUAUGAAUACCAUGACCAUUAGUACAAUCAUCUAAAUCCCAUAGAUUACAAGAAGUAAUAAGUUAUAGAGUGAAGUCUACAUGCUAUUCAUAAGCAUUAGUGCAGUUAUCUAAAGCCCAGAGAUACAAACCAGAAUUAAUAAGCUAUAGGGUGAAGGCUACAUGGCACCAAAUCUAGGCAAGAUAAAAGGCUUUCUGAAAAAGUGCAGAAGCUUUGGUACAUUGGGAAGAUCAUACAGCAGUUUGAUAUGCAGUCCCAUGCCCCACAAUGAGGAGACUUCUGUGUGUGACUCUACUGAAAGCAGAUCCUCAAGUCUUGUGCAUGCAGACAUCUCUGAUGAAGCUCCCAAGGGCUGUAAAGUUGUGUAUGUUGGCAAGUCCAGGAGAAGAUAUUUCAUAAAUGCCCACUAUCUCAACCAUCCAUUGAUAAGGGUUUUUGUUCAGAGAUGUGAGGAAGAUAAUGAGGAUGGUCUUACAGUGUGUUGUGAGGUGGUGAUGUUUCAGCAUUUGGUAUGGAUGUUGGACAAUACAGACCCCGAGGCCAUUCAAAGUGAUUCUUUCGAAGAGCUCGCCCAAUUCUAUGCUUGCACUUAGCUUGGAUUGUUCUGAUUCUUCUUGUUAGAUCUAUUAAUCAAUCCCUGUAAAUUAACCAAUGAUUACUCCUUACACAUUUAAGAAUUUUGUAUAGCUUUGUGAAUGUCCAGGCAUAGAUAUGAGUUCUUUGGGUGAUUGCUGUGGUGAGUUGUGUUCAACACACAUUGUUUAAGCUUUAGGCG